AGUGUGAUGGCUCUUCUGUGGCCCUGCAUCCUGGUGGCUGCCACAGGAAUUCUAGCUACAGAUACACCUCAUCCCAGGAAUUCUACUCUGCAUCAUCUCACCCAACAUCUACUAGAGCAAUAUCACAAGGAAGUGAGACCUGUUCACAACUGGCAUGAUGCCACCACCGUCUACCUGGACCUAUUUGUCCAAGCUGUAUUGGAUGUGGAUAUACAGAAUCAAAAGUUAAAGACAAGUGUAUGGUACCGUGAGGUUUGGGAUGAUGAGUUUUUAUCCUGGAACUCCAGCAUGUUUGAUGAGAUUAGAGAGAUCUCUCUACCUCUCAGUGCCAUCUGGGCCCCUGAUAUCAUCAUCAAUGAGUUUGUGGACAUUGAAAGAUCCCCUGACAUUUCCUACGUUUACGUGACCUCAUCUGGGAGCAUUAAGAACUUUAAGCCCAUCCAGGUGGUUUCUGCUUGCAGUUUACAGACAUAUGCUUUUCCUUUUGACAUCCAGAAUUGCAGCUUAACCUUCAAUAGCAUUCUGCACACAGUGGAAGAUGUAGACCUGGGCUUCCUGAGGAACAGAGAAGACAUUAAGCAUGACAAAAAAACAUUUUUGAAUGACAGCGAGUGGGAAGUUCUUUCUGUGUCCUCAACAUACAGCAUCCUGCAGAGCAACACUGGAGAUUUUGCACAGAUUCAGUUUAAUGUGGUGAUUCGCAGAUGCCCAUUGGCCUAUGUUGUGAAUUUGCUGAUUCCCAGCAUCUUCCUAAUGCUUGUGGAUCUGGGGAGCUUCUACCUGCCACCCAACUGCCGGGCGAGGAUUGUGUUCAAGACCAGUGUGCUGGUGGGCUAUACAGUCUUCAGAGUCAACAUGUCUAACGAGGUACCUAGGAGCUCAGGGAGCGCCUCUUUGAUUGGGGUCUUCUUCACAGUCUGCAUGGCCUUCUUGGUUCUCAGCUUAUCAAAGUCUAUUCUGUUGGUCAGAUUCCUCCAUGAUGAGUGGAGAAGUGGCCAGGAACUACCCCUCUUGUGCCUUCAAGGCGAUGCUGGCACCGAUGGGUCUAGAAUGGACCCUAGGACCCAGGAUGCUGGAGUAACAGAAUCCCCAGUCUGUCAAGAACACCAGAUCCAGUCAGAAACCCUGAAGGAAGUCUGGUUCCAGAUUCGAUCCAUCAACAACUACCUCCAAACUCAGGAUCAGGUGGACCAACAGGAAGUUGAGUGGCUGGCGCUCCUGUACCGCUUUGACCAACUGCUCUUCCGAAGCUACCUUGUCAUGCUGGGGCUCUAUGCUGUCACCCUGUGCUCUCUCUGGGCACUGUGGAGUGGCUUGUGAAAAUUGGAAUCUCUGGUCUCAAUCAAUGCACUAUCACACUUAAGGAAAGCUGUGAGGAGAUCAAAAGGGGAGGAACAGUGGGUCUAAAUGAUUCCCACCCGCCAUUGCCUCUUUUCAUUGAGUCGAGGUACACACAGCCUAUGGGUUACUGAAGGACCCAGCACCACUAUAUUUAUGAUGAAAAUGUAUAAACAGAACAAACAAGCCACCAAACAAGCCUUCAUUCCCCAGUAACCACUGUUAGCCUUCUCAGAAAGAGAUCUGAAAAGCACAUACAUGCAUAUAUUUGUGUUUAAACAGUUUUUUUUUAAAUGUAAGAUCACUCCAUCUCUCAGUUCUGACUUGGUUAGUUGUUUUCAUUUAUUCAACAAAACCUUUAUUGAGUGUUGUUUAAGUCCUAGACAUUAUGUUAGGAACACCAGAGAAUAUGAAGUCAGUCACAGAGAACAUUCUUGAUUGGAUUCCUAUGGUCAACUCUGAACCAACCAGAACACAAAACUCUCACCAUAUUUGCAUCUUUCUGAAGCUUAUGUUUCCACUAUUGCAGCUAAAUCCCUUCCUCUGUCUUCUUGUGCCUUGGAGAUCCCAAGUGCCAAGGUUUCCUAGCCCAUCUAGCACAACAUUUAGUGAGCACACACCAUGUGUAAGGCAUGAGCUGCGACAUAUGUCUAACCCAUGCUCCCUGGAGUCAAGGAAUUUAUUUAUUUAGUGGCACUGGGGGUAGAAACUAGGGGUGCUCUACCACCGAGCUACAUCCCCAGCCCAUCUUUUUUCUUUAUUUUGAGACGGAGUCUCACUAAGUUGCUCAGGUUGACCUUGAACUUGUGAUCCUCCUGCCUUAGAUUCCCAAAUUGCUGGUAUUCCUGGCAUGUGCCAUCAUACCUGGUAAUUCAAGGGAUUUAUACUCUAUAGUCCUUCUAUUAGUCAGUUAGGGCUGCCUGAAUAAAGUAUUACAGAGUGGGCAGCAGCUUGAAAGCACAAAGAUUUAUUUUCUCACCAUUCUGGAGGCUGGAAGGUUUCUUCUGCAACCUCUUCUGUAGACGGUCACUUUUUCCUGUGUCUACAUGUGGUCCUUCCUCUGUGCAUGUAUAUGUCUGUGUUCAAAUUUUAUCUUUUUUUUUCCUGUGCUGGGAUUGAACCAGAGCCUGUGCACACUAGGCACAUGCUCUACCACUGAGCUACUUCCUCAGCCCACUUUUUAUUUUCUGUUUUCAGACAGGGUCUUGCUAAGUUGCCCAGGCUGGCUUCAAACUUGUGAUCUUCUUGCUUCAGCCUCCUGAGUAGCUGGGAUAAGAGUAUGACACAACACCCUGCUAAAUUUCCUCUUCUUUGUAAGGACACCAGUCAUAUCGGAGCAGGGCCCAUUCGGUUGCCUCCAUGUCACUUUUUUUUUUUUUUUGAUACCAGGAAUUGAACCCAGUGGUGCUUAACCACUGAGCCACAUAUCCUGCCCUUUUAAAUAUUUUAUGUAGAGACAGGUCUUACAGAGUUGCUUUAGGAUCUCACUAAGUUGCUGAGGCUGACUUUGAACUAUGAUCCUCCUGCCUCAGGCUCCCAAGCUGCUGGGAUUACAGGUGUGUGUCACCAUGCCCAGCAUCUCCAUGGAAUCUUAUUACUUCUUUCAAGGCCUCAUCUCCAUAUACAACCAUAUUCUGAGGUACUAGGGGUUAGGACUUCUACAUAUGACCUUCAGAGGGACACAAAUCAGCCUAUAACACACACGUGAUUAUGGAGACUUGGCAAGUACAAAAUCUUCAGGGUAGGCCAACAGAAGAGUUCCCUGGAAAUUCAGAGGGGAGCUCUAGUUGGAGUCCAGAGGUCUACUCUCUGGAGUAUCUCUUCUUUAGGACAGGUCAGUCUUUUUUUUUCUCAAUGCUUUCAACUGAUUGAAUGAUGUCUAUCCACAUUUUGGAGGGUGAUCCAAUUCACUCAACGUCUACUGAUUUAAAUAUCUUAUCUUGGGGGCUGAGGUUGUGGCUUAGCAGUAGAGGCGCUGGGUUCAAUCCUCAUCAUCACAUAAAAAUAAAACAAAUAAAAUAAAGGUAUUGUGCCCAACUAUAACUAAAAUUAUUUUAAUAAAUUAAAUAUCUUGUCUUAAAAAUACCUUCACAAGGGACUGGGGUUGUGGCUCAGUGGUAGGGUGCUUGCCUAGCAUGUGUGAGGCACUGGGUUUGAUUCUCAGCAUCACAUUAAAUAAAUGAAUAAAAUAAAGGUCCAUCAACAUCUAAAAAAAUACCUUCACAGAAACAGUUAAGAUAAUAUUUGACCUAAUACUAGGUAUAAUGGCCUAGACAAGUUGACACAUAAAGUUAACUGUCACAGCCCUGAUAGCUCCUUAGUUUUCCAUCUAUGCCACUUUCUAGAACAGAAGAGUCCUGUGCUAACCUGGCACUUGGGUAACUAACCAACUUCUGGGUCAGACUCUCCAAUAGCCAAACCUGUAGUAAUAAUCCUACCUAUGAAGUUCCUGUGGCCUCAAACCUGAGUUUGAAUAAGAUUAAAAUUCCACAAAACA